AUACAAUUAUUAUUAUGGGAUUCUCGGAACUACCAUUCGAAAUACUUUUGAAGAUUGCCGAUAAUCUAUGGAAUAAUGAAUUGCUGGCUUGUGCUCUGACGUGCAAGGGAUGGAGACACCCGUUUCUAAUGGUUUUGUGGAAAAAAAUACGCAUUUUUAACCUUAAAGAAAUGAAGGCAUUCAUCAAAAGUAUUAAAGCCUCAAAGAAUGUAUCCAGCUCACCUUCCCACUUGAUUCACACUUUAGAAUUGCGUAUUAAUUCCUGUGAUCUCAAAAGUUUCGAUAUGGAUAUUUCUGAAAUAUUUAAAUACACGCAAAACUUAAAGCACCUGUACCUAGGGGAUAUAGACUAUAAAUCUAUUUACACAGAGUCAACAAAAUCAGAAAAAGUGUGGAAGUUUCUGGAAAGCUUGACAAUGCGAUGCUGUGGAGCUAAAGAGAUACAGCCAGCAAAUAACAUACUCGAAUUUAUAUGCGCAUGCAAUAUGCUUCAGAAAUUACAAGUAUAUGAGCAAGGAUCGGGCUACCACAUAGAGUUUAGUAUGGAUGACUUUGACAAAAUGCACCAAAGCUUGCAAAAUCUAUCGUCUUUCGACCUUCAAAUAUAUCUCUGCCCUGACUUUUCGACUACAUUGAACACAAUUCCAAACACAACACCGGCUUUUGGCGUGACAUCCCUAUAUAUAGGUUCGAGAGAAAACCGAAAAUACGUAAACUCAGAAACAUCUAUAUGUCAGAACAACUGGAAUCCUUUGUGGUUGUGCUAUUUUGAAUACAAGUAUCCAAACCUGCGUUCCCUAACACUGGAUGUUGCGGGUUCACGAGAUAACCCGAUAAAUUCGGACCAGAGGCAAACGAUCAUAUCUCUUUUCCGAUCCAAUCCAAACGCUUUUCGGCACCUGGAAGAAUUUGGCUUGGUAACUGACACCUAUUUCGAGUCUUCUGAUUUUGUUUUGUGGGAUUUGCUUUGUACGUUAAAACUCCCUCUUAAGCAUUUGAAGUUAAAUGCGACAAGAUCUGGCAAAGUAGAUCCUUCGCACCCAAUGGAUACCAACAAGAUUUUACAAUACGUUUCCGAAACAAUCGAGACACUUUCGCUCACAGGGUUUAUAUAUAACAGAGACCACCAAAAUAUGACUCUGGAACUAUCCUAUUAUUGUCCGUUUUUGACGAAGCUUUGCAUCAGAGGAAAGAACGUGUCUCUUAAUCUAGACAAUAUAUUGGAAAAAUGUGUGGCCCUCAAAAAACUGAAGUUCGCUGGAGAAAGAUUAUUCGUUAAUACGAUCACGACAAACGAGGAGCCAAAGAAACAACAUGGACUACAGAAACUGAUGCUAUAUGAUUGUGCUAUAAAGGCCGAAUUAUUUCAUUACAUAUCAUUCAGGUGUAGAAGUCUUAAGGAUAUGACUUUGAGGAAUAUGUUCAUCGAGGGAUCUAUUUGUGAAGAAACUGGGCGUUUAUUACUCGAUAUGCAAUAUACUUUCUUAACAACUCUGUACAUCGGCAAGAUUAAAUACGGUGAAUCAUACGAAGAAAUGGAUUCAGCCUAUGAUAUCGCUCUGACACUCGUGUCUCAAAUAACCAAACCUCAAAUGUUUAAUGAAAGAAACAAAAAGGAAGAAACGGAAAUAGACUCAAAUCAGCCUAUAGUUGAAAGCUACGAUCUCGAAUGGUUCUAUACUCAUGAGUACAAUUGGAGAGAUGGAACGUCCACCACAGACAGCAUGGAAAUUUCAAAAGAAAACAUCAAAAUUAUACAUGAAUACUUUAAAAACUUUCCGUUAAACAGCAGGAACCUAAGUUCAUAUGAGGAUGAACUGGAUCUUGAAGAGGAACCAGAAAACUGGUGGAAAUUCGAACUUUAUAGAGGGUAUGGCGAAUUUAGAUUUGGCAAGGUUGAACAUAUUUCUAUAUUGGGAGCAUCCGACGAUGAGUUUUAGGUAAUACGUUGUAUAAGAAGCUAUUUUCAAAAGCAAAUAAAGUAAAUUAC